UCUAAUCCACUGCAGUUAACAGAGGAGUUGUUUGCUCUGUGGAUCCUCUGGUGUUUGCCUGCCAGUUAUACAAAUGCCCGUCGCACAGUUCGUAUUUCCGAACUCGAGCGUGCCGCUCUUUGUGAUACCUGAAGAUGAUCCUGGUUUAGAUGAAGAGGUAAACGAGUUUGAAAACCCUGCCAUGAAAAUAAUAUCAGAGCUUUCACUGCAGUCUGUAUUUGCAUAAACUACACCCGAACACUCGUGAUGGAUUUGAAUGGGCUUUGCAGGUUAUCAGCACUUUAAGCUUUACGAGUAUUGCUCGUAUCUGUUUUUUCCUCAAGAGAGCAGAGCUGAAAGAUAAUUCACGUCUGUAUUAAAGGGAAAAUGCUGACAUUUGCGUCAUCGUAGGCUGAGGAUGUUUGGAAAUACGUGGCCAGCCUGGACAGGUUUUAGGAGCAGGCUUUUAAGUUUAAUGGAAAGUCUGCUCAGCUGCUGACCUGCUUGCUGCCAUUUUUGUCCCACCGGCGUUUAUCUGUUUUUAUGAGUGUAGAAAUUGCUCCUCCUGCCCUGCAGUUGUUUCUCUGCUCAACCUCUUUCCCUGCUCUCCUCCCUCAAAACAAACCUUCCCUCCCAUCCUCAUCCAGAUACGCUUCUUCCUCCUCAUCGCCUCUCUUCAUCCUCAUAACCAAGCUUUGCUCUCCCUCCCACCUUUCUUGUUCUGCUCGCCCUCCCUCUCUCCCUUUGGUGGCAAAUCCGUUUGAUGUGCUACGCGUGUGCCUGCGUGCUCGGUGCGGACACACAUGCAUGCGCACACCUAUGCAGCGCUGCUGUCGAAGCAUCAUGUGACCCAGCUACCCAAUCCAAGACCCGGUUGCUCAAUCGGCCAAACAUCUGCCUCGGCUGUCUCAGCCAAUCCCCGUGGCUGUUAAAGCUCAUGCCUCUCAGCGCUUGCUGUUGGUUUGUGUGUUUUCUCGUCCGCCUGUGCGAGAGGAAGUGUGGCUUUCCUGUCAGGGGAGGGUCCUGGAUUAAGUCGGCUCAGACCCAACGCUUAGCUGAUAGCUGCUGCUGAAGCCCCGCUAACAGUCUGAAGGCUGCUAGGGUUUACGCUGGCACACCGCAGUGGGGAGCAAAGGGAGGAAAUUGUUUUGUUUGUCUGUGGUGCUGAAGGAGGAGGAGGAAAGAAUGUGACUUCAGCUGAGCUGGCGGUUUGUAGCUGUGGGGAAAACAGAGAUACGGAGGCAGAGAAAGCGACCUUGCACUCUGCUAAAUGGACUGAGAGAUGCACUGGCUUAUUGCAGCAUGUCUGUUGGAGCACAGCACCCAGAGGCUGAGACGGGAUUUGUUCCUAGUGUUCAAGACUUUGACAAGAAGCUAGCUGAAGCUGACACCUACCUACAGAUUCUGAUUGAUCAGUUAAAGCUGUUUGAUGAGAAGAUCAAGGACUGCAAAGAGGAUGAAUCACGCAGAAAAAUUGAACAUUUGAAGGAGACUACUUGUAGUAUGGUAGAGUCCAUCAAGCACUGUAUUGUACUGCUGCAGAUUGCCAAGGACCAAAGUAACGAACAGCAACACGCAAACGGACCUAUAAGCACCAUCAACCCAGUGGAUGGGAUCUACCAGCCCCCUCUGGACACUCCAGCGGUGAACACAAUGCCAACACAGACAACACUACCCCCAGACGCGUCUCAGGUGUGCAAAUCAGACCAACGACCCUCCACGUUACCUGUUGGUCCCGUCGUCACAGUGAUGGGCAGUCUGCAGACCCCGACUCCCAACAGCACAGGGAGUGGCCCGUCAGGCCCCAGCAGCGGCGUCGCCUCCCCGGCUCACAUCCCCCUCCCCUCACACUCGGUGCCAGACUUCUCCUACUCCUCCAGUGAGGACGAAUUCUAUGACGCCGAUGAGUUUUACCAGAGCAACACUUCCCCCAAACACUGCAUAGAUCCCUCAGGGCCUCCAGCUGCCUCGCCCCUUACUAACGAAGAAACGGCUCUGAAACGACCCAACACUACAGAGUCCCUCAACUCUUCGAUGUCCAAUGGCACCACAGACACGGACCAGUUUGACUGUCACGAUGACCGCGACGACGACGGUGAAGGGGAGUCUGUGGAAGAGCACAAGAGCGUCAUCAUGCAUUUGCUGUCUCAAGUUCGACUGGGCAUGGACCUCACAAAGGUGGUCCUGCCUACCUUCAUCCUAGAAAGAAGGUCUUUGUUAGAAAUGUAUGCAGAUUUCUUUGCACACCCCGACUUAUUUGUAAGUAUCGCUGAGCAGCCAGAGCCCAGGGAGCGGAUGGUGCAGGUGGUGAGGUGGUACCUGUCGGCUUUCCAUGCCGGAAGGAAAGGCUCAGUGGCCAAGAAACCGUACAACCCAAUCCUAGGAGAAGUCUUCUACUGCCACUGGGAUCUUCCCAGCGAGACAGAGGAGCCUUCGCCACCUACGGAGACGGUAUCAGAAGGCCCGGUUCCCUGCGCUUCAUCCAACAGCGUGUCUUUUGUGGCAGAGCAGGUCUCUCACCACCCGCCCAUUUCUGCGUUCUACGCCGAGUGCUUAAGUAGGAAGAUCCAGUUCAACGCUCACAUCUGGACUAAAUCUAAGUUUCUGGGCAUGUCCAUAGGCGUCCACAACAUCGGCCAAGGCUGCGUGUCAUGUUUGGAGCACGAUGAGCAUUACAUUCUCACCUUUCCUAACGGAUAUGGCAGGUCGAUCCUCACUGUGCCGUGGGUGGAGCUUGGUGGAGAGUGCAACAUCUCCUGCUCCAAGUCGGGCUACAGCGCUAACAUCGUGUUCCACACCAAACCCUUCUAUGGUGGAAAGAAGCACAGAAUCACUGCAGAGAUCUUUUCACCAAACGACAAGAAGUCUUUCUGCUCCAUUGAGGGAGAGUGGAACGGAGUCAUGUAUGCUAAAUGGGCGACUGGAGAGAACACGGUGUUCAUAGACACUAAGAAGAUGGGCAUCGUUAAGAAGAGAGUGAGGAAGCUGGAAGACCAGCUCGAGUACGAGUCUCGAAGACUGUGGAAGGAUGUGACUCUGAACCUGAAGAUAAAAGACAUCGAUGCAGCGACAGAAGCCAAGCACCGGUUGGAGGAGAAACAGAGAGCUGAAGCCAGAGAGAGGAAGGAGAAGGAGCAGCAGUGGGAGACCAGGCUAUUCCACGAGGACGGCGAGUGCUGGGUCUACGACGAGCCGCUAUUAAAGAGAUUAGCCUCCCAGAGGCCCUGAGAAGAGCGCGCCGCACUCGGAUGCAUCAAGAAUGCACACACAACAGAGUCUUCAUAAGAACUCUUUUGCAGAAACCACUUGUUAUUCAAGCCUUGGAAUGACUGAUGAUUGAAUCUCUACACUGCUUUGCAUUUGACUGUAAAACAAUAUGGAAAUGAAUGAAAAGCAUCAAAGAUGUAACAUGAAUAUUAGUAAAGCUCCUCUCCUUAUUUGGUCAGUCUCUCAUCCACCGAUACCCGCCACCUGCCAACAUGAGACUCUGCAGCACAGAGUGGAGAGGUCACGUGCCUCCCGCUCGUCCACACCCUUCAGCAGCUCCACAGGAUGAGCCAGAGCAACACUCCUUCCCUACAUCUAUAGUUUUUUGCAGGGGGGGUGGGGGUCUGUGGUCGAUGGUGUUUGGCUCAAGUAAUAGCACGAGAAAUAAAACGGCGCUCUACAUCUCAGGGAAUCUGGUGACUGAGGAAAGAAAGCUGGUGCCCCCACCCAGAGUCUGACAGCCUUAUAACGGUGGAACGGAUGAAUCUUAAAGGGGCGGGAGAGGAAAAUCUCUGCUUGCCUGCAACUAGUUAGAACUGUUUAUAUAUAGAUAUACAUAUGAUGGAUAUAUAUAAAUAUAUAUUCUUUUUUAUUUCUAAUGCUCUUAUUCUUUAUUUUUCUUUGCGGCAAUAGUGUAAAAACAUAUUUGAGGAUCUGAACCUGAACCUUUACAUCCUUAGGAGUCAUUCCAUUUAGCCUUUUAAUGUUUCGUUCCCAUUUCAGAGUUACCUUUGCCACCCAUUUGGAUCACUCUCGCUGUUCUGUGUCUCGAGUAUUAUCCAGAAACAAAGCCCUGCAGAAAGCCAUAGCAUCUAAACGCUGAUUUCGGGAGUUGUGGCUGAUUUCAAAUAUGCAAUACUGAUAGAAAAAACAAAGUUUGCCUGUGGGAGGACAAAUUCUGUCCAUUAUGCCAAAAAAAAGGUUUAGAGAAAAGGCUGAAGGGACUUUUGUCUGGACAGAGACCAAAACAGUCUUCUGAGAAGGUUUUGAAGGCAUUUAUGAACAAUUGAUUGUUUACAUACUUUUGUCUUUCUGGACAGCAGGUCCAUGAAGAGGACGUAAAGCUCGAACUGAGUCUGUAAAGUCUGGUUUUGUUCUGCACAUCGCACAUCCUCGUUUUCCCUUCAGAUCAGAGUGGGGCGCCUCGUUAUUCGCUUGCACGUUGUCGGAGUGCGAAGAGCGAAAACGUGAGACGGCCUUUAAAAACACUGGUGCACUUUCAUAGUGCUGCUACAGUCCAGACGUUGUUCUGCUGGUUGAAUCUUCUGUUUUCCAAGUUUCAGAACCACAUAUUUAUCCUGCUGUACACCCCCAGCUUUGUUGAACCAUUGUUCUUUCUCUUAUUUGCAGCUGCAUCGGUUGGAUCUGAAUGCAAUGGUAAUUGGAUGAGAUGAAGAAAUAAAAAUAUAUUUAUCUUUGCCUGAAAAUGCAGUAGCAAGCUCACAACAGCCCCCCUGUUGACCCCCUUUUUUUUUUAAUCUUGGUGAUUUGAUUAUUGUAUCUCCUAAAUAUUUGGCCAUUGUGUUCAGUGAGACCCUUUAAGCCAUAUAUUCAUGUAUCUGGUGAAGGGAUCUGCAGAGACGAGCAUAUAGUUGGUGCUGUAUGCAAAACCAGCGAAACGCUUGUUGAAUUGAAUCAGACAAAAAUGCCUUUUGAAAAUAAUCAACAUGAAGGAUUCUAAGAAAUUUCUUUGUAUUUUUUUCCCAUGUUUUGUGUUUGUGGAGGCCUCGCCAUUCAUUUCAGUUCUGCUCAGUGUUGCCUGAUAGAGAGCAAUCAAAACAAAUGUAUUUUUUAUUUCCUUCUCAUCAUAACCAUUGAUUGUAUCCAAUUCUCCUGUUUAUUGAUGCAAAAUAUUAAAUCUCCAUGAGUUUA